ACACGUGUGCUCGGAAGGAGCACGUUAGUACUGUGUGUGCUGAAAUCUAGCUGCGAUAUAUAUGUAACUAUACAACAUUUUUUGAAAGAUUUGAAAAGCAUUUUCCCUUGCAAUGGGUGGUCUACAAAAGAAGAAGUAUGAGAGUGGAUCAGCCACUAACUACAUCACUAGGAACAAAGCACGAAAGAAGCUGAGUCUGAGUCUUGCUGAUUUCAGGCGGUUAUGCAUAUUGAAAGGAAUCUAUCCACAUGAACCCAAGCACAAGAAGAAGGUCAACAAGGGAUCAACAGCCCCAAGGACCUUCUACCUGCUGAAAGACAUCCGCUUCCUCCUGCAUGAACCCAUUGUUGGCAAGUUUAGAGAGUACAAGAUUUUUGUGCGUAAACUGCGGAAAGCAUAUGGCAAGGCUGAGUGGAGUGGAGUGCAGAGACUCAAAGAGAACAAGCCUGGAUACAAAUUGGACCACAUCAUUAAAGAGAGAUAUCCGACAUUCAUUGAUGCCCUCCGUGAUGUGGAUGAUGCCCUCUCUAUGUGUUUCCUGUUCUCUACGUUUGCCCGCACGGGAAAAUGCCAUGUUCAGACAAUUCAACUCUGCCGGAGACUCACUGUGGAGUGGAUGAAUUACAUCAUCUACUCACGCUCCCUUAGAAAGGUUUUUCUUUCCAUUAAGGGGAUUUACUAUCAAGCAGAGGUCCUGGGACAAACCAUCACAUGGAUUGCACCAUAUCAGUUUGCCCAUGAUCACCCUACAGAUGUGGACUACAGAGUGAUGGCCACAUUUACAGAACUCUACACAACUCUUUUCGGCUUUGUCAACUUCCGCCUUUACCAGACUCUCAACCUUGUCUACCCACCCAAGCUUGAUGGUCAAGGCGAGAUGAAUCUCAAAUCAGAGUCGGAUGAAGAUUAUGCCCUGGAUUCUGAGAGCUAUACAGAGAAACUGUCUGCGUUGAGUGCUAGUUUGGCACGUAUGGUCCCAUUAGUGGAGGAAGAGGAGACAGCGCUGGAUCAUUUUCCUGCUGAAGGGGAGGACCUGGAGAAGAUGGAGACGAGGGAGAAGGCAGAGCUGGAGCUAGACAAUCAGAAGAAGCUCUUUGAAGGCCUCAAGUUUUUCCUCAACAGAGAAGUUCCCAGGGAAUCACUGGCUUUUCUGCUCAGGUGUUUUGGUGGACAGGUGUCCUGGGACAAAUCACUGUGCAUCGGCAGCACAUAUGAUGUCACAGACGAAACGAUUACACAUCACAUUGUGGACAGACCCAACAUUGACAAACAGUAUAUCAACAGAUACUACAUUCAGCCCCAGUGGGUGUAUGACUCGGUAAAUGCCAAGAUAGUUUUACCCGUAGAGGAAUACUUCCUGGGUGUUACACUGCCCCCCCAUCUGUCACCGUUUGUGCACGAGACCGAGGGAGAUUACGUACCACCUGAGAAACUCAAACUCAUGGCCCUGCAGAGAGGAGAGAAACCAAAUACAGAAGAAGAGGAGGAGGAGGAGGAAGAAGAGGAUGAUGAUGAUGAAGAUGAUGAUGAUGAAGAAGCUGAGGAAGAGGAAGCUGAAGAAGAGGCAAAUCUUGCCAAAAUGGAGCAGAAGAGAUCUCAAGGAAAGAGCUUGCCAGUAAAGGUGACCCCUGGUAAAGUUAAAUCAGAGAACCGCAUGAGAGUAGCAGAAGAGGAGAAAGCAGAGGAGAAGAGACUUGCCAUUAUGAUGAUGAAGAAAAAAGAGAAAUACCUGUAUGACAAGAUCAUGUUUGGCAAGAAAAGAAACAUCAGAGAGGCGAACAAACUAGCAGCUAAGAGGAAAGCUCAUGAUGAAGCCAGCAAAGUGGACAAAAAGAAGAAAAAGACGAAGUCUUGAAGGACCGGACUGGUUUUUAUAUGUAUUGAAAUGGCUUUUGUUCUGUCAAGAGACUCUGUUAAUAACCAUUCAGGAGUGUUUCCUCAUAUUUCAGCUCAAACUCAUUUAAAGAGGAUUGUACAUGAUUCUCUCAACACGUAAUUUUACUUAUGAAAAACUAGCUUUCAUAAACUUACGAACAUUUCACUCUGCAUUUCUUGUCUAUGUUAAAAAAAAAUCUAAACUUUGACAUAUUUCUAAUAAACAGAGGAA